UUGUAACAUAAAACUAACUAAUUUCACCAAGAGAUAUUACACAUAAAUUAGAAAGAAAAAAAAUGGAGGGUGUUAUGAAAUUUUUGUGCCUUGUUGGUUUUGUGGUCCUUAUUGCAGGGAUUGGUAGAGUUGAAAGUGCUGGUGAAUGUGGAAGGGGUACUACACCAGAUAAUGAAGCAUUUAAGCUAGCACCUUGUGCAAGUGCAGCAUCAGAUGAAAAUGCUAGUGUGUCUCAAAGUUGUUGUGCUCAAGUUAAGAAACUUGGUCAGAAUCCAAGUUGUCUUUGUGCUGUUAUGCUAUCAAACACUGCCAAAAUGUCUGGUGCUGACCCUCAAAUUGCUGUUACUAUCCCUAAACGUUGCAACAUCGCUACUCGCCCCAUAGGUUACAAGUGCGGACCUUACACUCUUCCUUAAAAGAGUUGAGGUUGCUGCUGAAAACAAAGAUAAUUGGGAUAUGCAUUGUUGCUGGUAGCUACUAGUAUGGUCACCACAACUUAGUUGUGUUUGUAUUGUAACUUUGUUGUUUAUAGUGUGGAUAAGAGCUAGCAGCUCAUUUGUGUACACCCUCAUCAAUAAAACAUGCACUUUCAGUAUUUUA